CCGUUCGCAACCGUGGGCCAUUGUGCUUCGCUUGGAAAACACUCUACACGCAAACACUCUCAGGACAGGGUCCCGCAAAAAAGGUGUGUGCACUGCCCUGCGGAGUAGUGAGUCUCUUUUUCAUCUCUUCCCCUCGAGGCAACGAUAGAAAACGGUGCUCGGACGUGUGAAAAAUCACAGUCAAAGUGGUUCGCUCUGCUUCCCGCUGGAUUCCUUUCGUUGCGUGUCGUACGGUGAGGUGAGGCGUGGAUCCAAUCGCCGACAGCUCGAGUGAUGUAAUGAGUGUGUGAAGAUUUUCAACCCCACAGCAGAAGAAAAUCAACCAGCAAGUGAGCAAGAAAAACCCCAGCGGGAACACCGCAUCAUCGCCGGCUUUUUUUUGGGGAUUGUUAUUAAUAAAACAGCACAACCCCGGUGUGAGGGUUUUCUCCCCCCACUCUCCUGUGUGUGUGUGCGUGUCUGUGUGUAUGGUUGCUGGUGAGACGAUUGUUUUUCGCGUACGCAAUCAGCUAAAUUCGUCGUCCGUCACCGGGCCGCCCUAUCCCCAGGGGUUUGCGCACGUGCGUUCUUGUGUGUCAGCCAAUGUGUACGUGAGUGUGCGUGUGCCCGUACCGUGUGCCUGCGUGUGGAUAAAAGAAUUGUGGUCCCGAGAAUUUUAAUCUCCACCAAAUCACCAACCCCGGCAGAAGGUCUAGCAAAAAGGGCUACACCCGAGCAGCAGCAGCCCCAACCGCAUCGUAUGCGUGUACGUUUGCUUGAGAGCGUUAGAAGAGCAGUGUGUGUGUACGUGUGUGUGUGUCAUCGUAAUGUGAUGGAACUGUUGCGCGUUGUGUCAGUGCUGUAAUACGUGCUCAACCAUCCAAGUAGUCAGCUUUUCGGCAGGCAACAGAGAACACUUUUGACGGCGAACCCGAACGCAAUUAGGGAAGCGAGGAAGGCCGCGACGCUAGAACGACCCGUUUUUCCGUCGAUCCAUUUUCCCGAAGUGUCCAAAUUUACGCAUUGUGUUCCGCAGAGGCUGAAAACUGUUGCGGGGGCAGACAGAGAGAGAGAGUAGGAGAGAGUAUAAUUUCAUCGCAUCGCCCGGUAGAGGUUCAAACAUCCACCGGCCAGUUAAGCAGAGCAUUGUGUGAUUUUGUGAGCGCUUGUGAGUGUGUGUGUGUGUGUGUGUGUGAAAUCGUGUCAAGAAGGAUUUCCUGCGGCGGAAAACUAAACCUCGAGAGCGGACACCGCUGCGCAAACUAUCAAAGCUUCGUGACACACCCACCACCCACCGGGACCGCUGCGCUACUACGAUGGGCGACUACACGCUGGAUGUGGACAAUCUGAUUCAGCGACUCCUAGAAGCCCACAAACUGCAGCAGCAGCAGGCACAAGAGUCCCGGAAAAAGGGCAAACUGAAAGAGAUAUUCUCCCACGAUUUCAUGGUUCGGGGAUGUCGUCCAGGAAAAUCGGUACCUAUGCCAGAGGAAGAAAUUCGUGCGCUAUGCUUAAAAUCUCGUGAAAUUUUCCUACAACAACCAAUCCUGUUGGAACUGGAGGCUCCACUUAAAAUCUGUGGUGACAUACACGGCCAGUACACAGACUUGCUGCGACUGUUCGAGUACGGUGGAUUCCCCCCGGAGGCCAAUUAUUUAUUCUUGGGAGAUUACGUGGACCGAGGCAAGCAGUCGCUGGAAACGAUCUGUCUCCUGUUAGCGUACAAAAUCAAGUAUCCGGAAAACUUUUUCCUGCUGCGCGGAAAUCACGAGUGUGCCAGUAUUAAUAGGAUAUAUGGUUUCUAUGACGAGUGCAAGCGGCGGUACAAUGUGAAGCUGUGGAAAACAUUCACGGACUGUUUCAAUUGCCUGCCGAUCGCUGCCAUCAUUGAUGAGAAAAUCUUCUGCUGUCACGGAGGUUUAAGUCCGGAUUUGAACCAUAUGGAACAAAUCAAACGCAUCAUGCGACCAACAGAUGUUCCCGAUACGGGCCUACUGUGCGAUCUGCUGUGGAGCGAUCCGGACAAAGAUGUGAAAGGAUGGGGAGAGAACGACCGUGGCGUUAGCUUCACGUUCGGCGUAGAUAUUGUGGCAAAGUUUCUGCUAAUCCAUGAGCUGGAUCUCAUCUGCCGGGCGCAUCAGGUCGUGGAGGACGGGUAUGAGUUCUUUGCCCGGCGAUCGCUGGUGACGCUGUUCUCUGCACCGAACUACUGUGGUGAAUUUGACAAUGCCGGCGGCAUGAUGUCGGUCGAUGCAAAUUUAAUGUGUUCGUUUCAGAUUUUAAAGCCGUCGGAAAAGAAGGCUAAAUAUCAGUACAGCGGUACUAACAACCAGCGACCGCAGACGCCCCAGCGCAAUCAGAAUCCAACCAAUAAACGGAAAUAAUAAUUUCUCUCCCUUCUCAACCGCUACCUGACGAGACGCAGCAGCAAGAAGAAGUCAUCGCAGACGGCCAGUUCGUCCGCAAACACCGCUACCAAUGCCACUAACGAUUCUACCAUUGCCGUUUGUAACGAUGAAAUGCUAACCGGGACCUCCGUACCGUACGAUCCUGCGGCCGAGCAUCUGGCGCACUGCCAGGACCACGAUCGAGUUAACACAGUGAACGGCAAUACGGCAUCAGCAGCAGCAGCUGCAACAUCAUCAUCUACGGGCGUUGCAUCAGCACCGUCCGGCGCUGGUGUACCAUCGUCUUCGAUGUCGCUGAAACAUGUUCCAAUAAAAGCAAUAGUAUUUUCGGACGAAUCUUUGCCAAGUAUCGAUGGCGGUACGGCUUCGUCGCAUUUACGCCCUGCUACACCUUCGUCCCUUCGUCCGAAUGCUUCACUGACUGACCGGUGCUUGAAAGCUGCGGAGGAGGAGGAGGAGGAAGAAGAUUGUUCCUUACCUUCCCCACCACCUCCACCGUCGUUACAAACGGUACCAGUAAUGCAAAUGCAAGCGCUUCACUUACACCAGCCCGUCCCACAGUAUCAGCAGGAUCUAUCGCACGGCACGGACCGUUCCUGCUUUUCCCCACCGCCCACAGCGAUCGUGACCACCACUACUAGCCUGUUGCAUUCCACUGGAGCGCAUGCGAUACCGAGUGGACCAUCGGGUGCUAGUAGACAGUUACCUGCCUAUCCGCCGGCGGUGUCACUACCAAAGCCUACCCCUAUUUGGGUUGCAGCCGGAGUUCAGCAUCCAGCAGGUGGUAGCAGUAGUGUGAUUAGUAGUGGCGCGCUAGCCAGGGAACGGUCAGUGCCGGUCCAUGGCUAUUCGACCGCAUCUACCAUCGCCGUUGCUACUGGCAGUAAUAGCCCGGCAGUGGUUUCGACUGUGCCUAUUCUGCGCACCUUCGGUGCCUCGGCAGGCUCACGGCAAAAUUCCUUUGGCAGCUAAGGGCGUAGCACUUGGAUCGAUGCAAGGUGCAGUCCGCCUAAGCUACUGAAAACAAUUCUUCUGUUGUGGGUGUAUGGAAGCAAUAACCCUCUUCCCCCCCGGUGUACGUUAGUGGUGUACUUCGAAAGACAGUGUAAUGUUUGUGCAUAGAUCAAUAAUGAAACACAUUCUGCGGGAGUGAGGCGAAAACUGUUGCAAAAAGAAAGUCGGUCGAGAAUGUUGUUGGCAAAUGGCAAACGAUGCGGUUGGCAGAAGACGACGAUGACUAUCGCCCUGUGUUGCGGCAUAUAGGAAGCGAGUGAGAAUGUGAGAGAAUUCAAAAGGGAAAGAGAGAGAGAGAGAGAGAGGGAGAGAAAACAAAAAACAAGAUACAAUAAGCCCGUUGAGGUUAAUGAACACAAGGAAUGAUGAUGCGGGGCAAAGAAACAUAAUAACGUAGUUUUUAUCGCAUGAUAUUGUUAACAAAUAAACACACACAACAGCGCACCAUCAUCGGUAAAGCCGGAAGCUGUUUGCACACUGUGGGCGUGUUUUGUGUGCAGUAUGGGGCGAAAAGAAACACUGAUGUAAGAGAGCGAUGAUAAAACAAGCUUACUAAAGCGAUAGCAAUAGUAGAUUGCUAGGGCAAAAUAUGUGAAUUAAGCCGACAAAUGUAAUUUGCCAAAGUGGCACACACAGGGUUAGAAGAAAUAGGAAAGACAUGCAAGUGUAAAAUGUGUGGCAAGGAAAUAUGGAAACUCUUGAUCGUACCGGCAACUCUGUUAUCGAUAUCACAAGAGAUAGAGAGAUCGUAAAUAAACGAAACAGAUUGCAUGAAGACAUGCUGAGCCACAGCUGUAGUGCCAGCACAACAAGAACAACAACAAAAACAACAACAACAACAAGAAAAACAGCAAAAACAGCAUUGCGAGUGAAUGCAAAGAGUGAAAGCACACCUGCUUGUAGGGACAAACUAAGCAACCACGGUCAUAGUGUUAGAGCCACUCAUGUGUCUAUCUGAAGAGUGCACACACUUUCCAGCCACAGCUGCGUGAAGGUUGUAUUCUGUACUAUUAUUUAUGAACUCGAAGUGCAGGGAAAGGGCAGGAGAGAUGAUAUGUAAAGCAUCUGUAUUUAUAGUCUCGAAACCACGCGUACGGAAACAAAUCAUGCAUAACAUAUUCAGUGGUAGCGGGCAUAAUGUUAUCAUUCAACAUUGUGAGGGCAAAAUAUGAUUGGAAAUCAAUUCCAAAAUUGGAAAUGAAAUCGAUUCCCAUACAUAGCAUAGAUACGCAGAGAGAGAGAGAGAGAGUGCUCGAAGUGAGACAGCAGAGCGAGGGAAGAAGACAAAAUUAACGCGGAUCGUCUCCAUUAUUGGUGUGAUGGUAGAGGACAUAAUGGUAGUACAUGGGCGAAAAAUAAUGUGCAAAAUGCAAACACAAACUUCUGAACUGGACUGUGGAAUAUGUGCAUGCGCGUAUGAGAGAAUUAUAUAUAUAAAUGUAGAUAUACAUAUGCAUACCUAUACACACACCCAUACACACAUUACUCAAUACGCGAUGAUGGAAUACGGCAAUGCCGUGCAUAACAUAUGAGAGAAAGAGCGAGAGAGCGAAAAAGAGAGAGAGAGAUUUUCCGAUUAUUUUCGGUUGAUCGUUUUAUUGCCUUCUGGAAACUAAGUAGAAAUAUAUGUUCCACCCAAAUCAGCGGCGUGGGGAAGAUGGUACGCGCACUGUGAAGAGAUUAGUGAGAAAAAGAAAUGAAAGAUCAUCAAAUAUGAGACCGAUAUGAUGACCCCUAUCAAAGGUGUAAGGAAAGCACCGGUCAAGUAAAUAAUUUUGCCCCUGCAAAUAAGCUUGUUUAUGCGUGUGUGUGUGUGUGUGUGCGUGCAUUGAGAAAGUAUUCAUACUAGAGAUGGCAAAGCAUGAUUUAUAAAAGCACUGUAAAUCCCCCCCCCCCCCCCCCGAUAACAAUUCAAAUGCAAACUUUAGAACUUCAUCUAAACAAAAAAAAAAAAAAAUGCUUUAACUCCAGCUGCUCGUUUGGCGAAAGGAAUCGGUUUUGUUUUUUCAACAUGCGCGCAGCAUUGGCAGCAAACACAACUGUGCAUGCAUUUACACACCACCAAAGGGAAGUGCACGAGUAUACAACAGUGAUGAAAUGCAAUGAAGUAAAAUGGAUUAUUUUAACCCCGUUUAGAGCUAUUUUCCGUUCCAAAGAUGAAUUUAAAAUUUAGUUACUAUGAUGAUGACGUGUUUGUCUUGGCAAAACUGAGAACAACGGGAAAGAAAUAGGAAAAAUGAAAGUAUGUUUUGUUUGAAAGCUACUGUUGAAGAGAAGAUGAGCAACUGUCUUGAGUUGUUUAUGGUAUUGGAGUAAGGCGAAUAUUCACUUUUAAAGCUCAUAAACCCCAGGAAAUCAAAUCAGGAUAGUAUGCCGUUGGGGGUAAUAGAGUUGCCGGAUGGAGCUGUUUAAUAUGCAUAUUACCGUUUGGAUUUGGCAGAAAUGAGUCAUUUCUGCGCUAUUUUGUCGGACGCAAAUGCAGUCUUUCUUUUCUAUGUUAUUUUUGCUUCAAUUUACUAGCACCCAUGCACCGUUGUACCUCGAUUUGUAGUGGCGAACGGUACACCUUUCUCCUAUCGUAUUGAAAUGAAACCAUUCGAACCAUUUGAACCAUUGAAACCAUUCGAAAACAAACAUGGCUCUACCCGUUUCUCUGGCUGUGAACGAAGCACAUAUACAGUGGAAAAGAAUCGGAAAAAAAACAAAUGUACUAAAACUGUAUGGCAGUGGGGAGCUAUGGCGUUCCUUAUCCUCCACUGCUCAUUGCGUGUGUUUCCACUGGUACCAAAGCCGAACCAGCUAUCUAUUACCCUAGUGUGCACACCGGAAAGUCCAUUAAUUGUCUCCCGUUUUGUGAACGGUACGCUCGCUCGCUUGUCUCACCCAUGAAACUGAACCAUUUAUACACGUCACCGUUUGGAAGGCUUUUACAAACACCAUUUUUACAUUCGAUCAAUCGUCACGAGAGACAUAAACAGGGACAGGUGUAACAACAAGUGUGUAGCAGAGAAUCUAUCCUUUGCGUUGUUGAUGCUGAAUGCAAUUCAGCUUGAUCUUGAUUUAUAUCUCGAUCGUUUGCCCUACGCGAGCGCUUCUAUUUCCGUUUUCUAGUUGCAGAAAAAGAGUGUCUUUUUAUGUUGCUUUGUCCUUAUGCUAAAAUCAUCUUCUUCAAGUAACUCGUGUAACAGCAGGCAAGCAGCUAAUACACGCAUGAGAUGCGUAACGCGGUUAGGUUGCAUUCAAAUCGAGCAAAAGUAAGGGGAGGCAUAUAAAUUAGUAAGCAGACAAAGCAGUAAAACAAGUAACUUAUUAUAAUUAACAUAAUUCGGCAGCAGCAUACUGGGCACGGGCCGGCCGUCAGACAGUCGUGCUAUCACGCUUGCUGGCAGAGAAAAAGGGGGGCCGUACCCUGCGGAUGGACGCAGCGCAGCAUCCGGGCAAAUUAUGUUGGAAAGAAGAGCAAUGUAAUGAAUAAAGGAUCAUUAUUAAUAUUGAAAA